AUGGCACCCGCAGAAACUAUCAUGCAAGAAAGUCAUAUUGAUUCAAAAAAUAAUAUAAUUACAAUCGAUCCAUGGUUAAAACCUUUUGAACAAUCCAUAAACAGAAGGUAUUCAAACUACAAACAAUGGAUCGACAAUAUAAAUAACAACGAAGGUGGCUUGGAAAAAUUUUCACGUGGAUAUGAAAAAUUUGGUCUUAAUGUACUUCCAAACAAUACCAUUGUCUACAGAGAAUGGGCACCUAGUGCAAAAGCUGCAAGUCUAGUUGGUGAAUUUAAUAAUUGGGAUGUUAAAGCCCAUCCAAUGAAAAAAAAUGAUUUUGGAGUUUGGGAAAUUGAGAUUCCUCCAAAUAAUGAUGGUACUCCAGCAAUUCCACACAACACUAAAAUAAAGAUUUCAAUGACUACACAAAAUGAUGAAUGUAUUUAUCGAAUACCAGCAUGGAUUAAACGCGUGACACAAGAUUUAUCUGUAAGUGCAACAUAUGAUGGCAUCUUUUGGAAUCCUCAAAGUAAAUAUGAAUGGAAAAACAAUUUACCUAAAAAGCCAUUAGGUUUAAGAAUUUAUGAAGCACAUGUUGGUAUAUCAACAACUGAAGGUCGCAUUGGAACUUAUAAAGAGUUUGCAGAUAAUGUAUUACCUCGUAUAAAAGAUCUAGGCUAUAAUUCUAUUCAACUGAUGGCUAUUAUGGAACAUGCAUAUUAUGCAUCUUUUGGAUAUCAAGUUACCAGUUUUUAUGCUAUCUCUAGUCGUUAUGGAACUCCUGAAGAAUUGAAAUAUCUCAUUGAUACUGCUCAUGGCAUGGGGUUGGCUGUGUAUUUGGAUGUUGUUCAUUCGCAUGCUUGCAAAAAUGUUUUGGAUGGCUUGAAUAUGUUUGAUGGUUCAGAUCAUUGCUAUUUCCAUGAAGGAGAAAAAGGAAGGCAUGAUCUUUGGGAUAGGUUUUAUAUGGAGGAAUAUAAGUUUGAUGGAUUUAGAUUUGAUGGAGUCACCAGUAUGAUGUACAAACAUCAUGGCAUUGGAACUGGAUUUUCUGGUGGUUAUCAUGAAUACUUUGGUGAUUCUGUGGAUGAAGAAGCUAUUGUAUAUUUGAUGCUGGCAAAUGAUAUGUUGCAUCAACUUUCUCCAAAUAAUAUGAUUACAAUAGCAGAAGAUGUAUCUGGUAUGCCUGGUUUAUGCCGUCCAGUAUCUGAAGGUGGUGUUGGAUUUGAUUAUAGAUUAGGUAUGGCUAUUCCAGAUAUGUGGAUUAAAUUAUUGAAGGAACAAAAAGAUGAUGAAUGGAAUAUUGGAAAUAUUACACUUGUCGGUGAUAAAACAAUUGCUUUCUGGCUAAUGGAUAAGGAGAUGUAUACUCAUAUGUCUGAUAUGACUCCCCACACUCCAAUUAUUGAUCGUGAAGGAUAUCUUAAUUUUGAAGGCAAUGAAUUUGGACAUCCAGAGUGGUUAGAUUUCCCUCGUCAAGGAAAUGGUAAUUCAUACCAUUAUGCAAGAAGACAAUGGAAUAUUGUUGAUGAUAAACUUUUGAGAUACAAAUAUUUGAAUGAGUUUGAUAAAGCAAUGCAAAAUUUGGAAGAAAAAUAUGGAAAUUUAUUAUGGAUUUUCAAUUUUCAUCCUACAAAUUCAUUUCCUGAUUAUAAAGUUGGUACAGAAUGGUCUGGUAAAUAUACAAUUGUAUUAAACUCGGAUAAUAAAAGAUUUGGAGGCCAUGAUAGAAUAAAUGAGAGCAUAGCUUAUUUUUCAUCACCCGAAUCUUGGAAUGGAAGAAAGAAUUCUAUCAAGGUUUAUAUUCCAUGUCGUGUUGCAUUAGUUUUAGCACAUGAUUAA